AUGGCAACUCUAGGAGGCUUGCGCGAUUCCGCUACUCAGAAUAGCCUUGAUAUCGAUACACUUGCCCGAUUUGCUGUUGACGAGCACAACAAGAAAGAGAAUGCACUGCUUGAGUUUGCGAGGGUUGUAAAGGCGCAAGAACAAGUGGUUUCUGGUACUUUGCAUCAUCUUACGCUUGAGGUCAUUGAAUCUGGGAAGAAGAAACUUUAUGAAGCAAAGGUUUUUGUUAAGUCGUGGAUGAACUUUAAGGAGCUACAAGAAUUCAAGCAUGUCGGAGAUGUUCCUUCCUUUACCUCCUCUGAUUUGGGUGUCAAGAAAGAGGAGCAAGGCUCAGGAUGGCGAUCAGUGCCGGUGCACGAUCCUGUUGUUCAAGAUGCUGCACAUCAUGCUGUUAAGACCAUCCAGGAGAGAUCGAACUCUUUAUUUCCUUAUGAACUUAGGGAGAUAGUUCAUGCAAAGGCUGAGGUUGUUGAGGAGUCUGCGAAGUUCGAUAUGCUUCUAAAGGUCAACAGAGGAGGGAAAGAAGAGACAUUCAAGGUUGAGGUGCACAAGAACAAUGAAGGUGGUUUCCACUUGCAUCAGAUGGAGUCAGAUAACUCUUGA